GUUUACAUUACAUCAACAUUUUUAUAAACAAAACUGACAAUAAUUAAUAUCAUUGGUAUAUAUAUAUAUAAUUUAUAAGUUACUACUUAGGUCAACUCUGCUGUUUGAUGAAGUGCGUUGAAGAGGGAUUCAGAAUAAGAAGUACUUACUUUUAUAAAAAGGAUAUUUUUUCCCUUGAACUUGCCUACAUGAAAAUACCCUAUAAGAUUAUGAAUAUGUGGACAAGUGCAAUACUAAUAAUUUUCUCAGCAGCACUCAUCAGUGGUGCUGCAAUUGAGAAGCAAAAUGAAGCAGUAUCAAUGUUUGAUGUCAUAAAAGAAAAAUGUCCACAAUUAAACAAAACAGAAUUGUUCCAUACCCUCAAUGACAUAUUCACCAAGCAAUGUGUUAAUUGGAUGGAAAUAUCAACCACAGAUUCCCUAAACAACUCAAGUAUUGAGCAGUGCUUACUCCUUUAUGAGAGCAUGAAUUAUUUUUGCAAGAGAUUAGAUCAACCUACUGGUCUUCAAUAUUCUGGUCUAAUUCCUACAAGUAAAGCAAUUUCUUUUUUUGAUAUUUCAACAAUCUGUAUGUCUAACAAUAGUCUAGCACAUCACUUAACCAAUAAAACUGAGCACAAUGUAUCCAAAAUUUUAGAACCAAUGAACUGCGUAUUAACCUGUGGUGGGCUUAAACAAAAUGAAGCUAUAACAUAUGAAAUAUGCAAAUAUGCAUAUUUUUUUGCAUCUUUUGAUAUGAACAAAUUUUUGGCUAAAGCUAAGAUGCAACAUAGUAUACUUACUAAUUCUGAGGCUAAUUCCAUUUCACAAGCAGACAUUUCAAAAGUUAAGACAAACCAAAAAAAUAAUACGAUGGGGUUUGCUAAUUUAACUGCUGUAAACAGUAACAUGACUCAAAUUUCUGAAUCACUUCCCACUCUUUCUCAACACACUUCUAAAGAGACAGUAUUAGAACAAACCAACAAACAAUCUGCCAAACCCCAAGAAAGUAAUCCGCCUAAGGUAAAUUCAGUUCUCCCAGGUGCUGCAGUUAAGCCCAUUACUAAAAUUCCAGAAUCAGAUGUACCUGAUGCAAAUGCUAGAUUCCCAUCUCAGAUGCAAAACCCUAGCGUGAAGAAAGACAAUUCAUAUAAAAGCACCAAUGUGAUAGAUAUGAAUGAUAGGAAAGAUCAGGAUGAUGUAUUAGGGGAAGAAGGGUUUGCUGAUCAAGAAGAAGAUCAGGUAGAGGAAGACAAUGUAGUAAAGGGUGAGCAUGUAAUGAUUGUAGGAGGGCCGAAACAAAUAUUUAAGAAAGUGAAACCAAGUACAGUAGAGGAGGAAUCAGUAAAUCCAUAUAAUGCAAAUGAUUUGGAAGGAGACUCGAAUUUCUUCUCAUAUUUUUCACUCUUAAUGUGUCUUUGUGUGGUUGGAUAUGUGGGUUAUCAUAACAGACAAAAGAUUCUUGCUCUUAUUUUGGAAGGAAAAAGAAGCAAGAAAAUUGGACGAGCUAGAAGACCAAAUUCAGCUAAUUACCAUAAACUAGAUAGUAAUCUAGAGGAAGCUAUGUCUUCAUCUUGUGCAAAAAAUGCUAGCAAUGUAAUUUAUUAGUCUUGUAAAACAAACAAAUGCCAUAAAAAUGCACCAUCAUUAAAUAAUAAAGCAACCAUUGUCAUUGAAAUGUCAAGACUUUGUAAGAGGGCGGGACCAAAGUGUUUAAAAUAAUUACGAAUGGACUAAGUAUUUGCAACCACAAAUAAAUCGUGGGCAACUUAAUUCUAACGUUGAUUUAUAAAUCAAAAAAUCUUUAGUUAAUUUAUUAUUAUUAUUUUCACUUUAAUCCCCCUGAUAUGCAUUUUUUUCAAUAAAUUACAAAAAGUGGUUUUAUUUCAUUAAUACAGCAAAAUAUAAGUAGAAUCUGUAUUGUUUUGACGAAUUAAAAGUGUAUUUUAUUGGGUAUUACGUCACUUAAAACGUCAGUAAAAAUCAAUAUUAUCUCUAACGCUCAAAAAUUGAAAAGAAGAAGAAAAUAGACUUAUUCACCUAGUUAAACGAAGUAUGAACUUAAAUCUUUAACGAUACCUGUCAUUUUAAAUACAAUAAUUUACUUGAGGUAUAAUAGAUUUUUUACAUUACUCAGCUCCUGGGUAUAUAAAAAUAUAUUAUACGUCAAGUUAAUUAUUGAAAUUAAAUUAAAUAUAACGAAAGGUAUCGUUAAAUAUUUAAGUCCAUAUUUCUUUUAAAAAUGUGAAUAAGUCUAUUUUCUUCUUCUUUUCAAUUUUUAAGCGUGUGAAAUAGUAUUUUCUAAAUUGAUUUUUACUAUAAGUGACGUAAUACCCAAUAAAAUAAAUAACUCAGGUCAAAAUAUUUCGGACAAUAUUUCUUUUUCUUUGCAGUUUUUAUUAGCGAAUUAAUAAUAAUUAUUAACAUUAUCUGGAUAGCACAUAUCUCUUUAAAAUAGCAUUCUUUGAAUAUGUGGAAAUCUAUUUAAAUCAUAGAUAUAUGAUCAUAUAGAUAUUUCUAUUUAAAUAUAUAUAUAUAAAUGGGAGAUAAAACCGUUUACAUUUUCAAGCAAUCCAAAAAUCAUGACUUUUACUAAGCAACGAUGCCAUAGGCCCAUAGCUCCGCUGAUUUACCGAUUUCUACUAACAUGUGAGUCUCGCACGACUAUUUAUUUUCAAUUUACAGAAAACAGUCCGACAACGCUGUACUCUGUUGUCCGAGAGUUGUAUGUUUUAUUUCACACAAUAUUUUUUCAAUAUCAAUACCAGAAAACUGAAAAACUCUACAAGCAGCUUUAUUCCCUAUGUUUUUUUAAAUAUAAUUACAAAUUUUAAUUAAUGAAUAUUUUAAUAAUAUGAAAAAAAUUGAUAUAUUUUUUUUUAUUUUUAUAUUAUGUAUAGAGGUAAGAAAGUAACCUUCUUUUAAUAAAGCAGCCUUUCUAAAUAAUUUUUCAAUUUUUUAACUAUUAUUUAGUUUUAUUUAAAGCCAAGUUACGCCACUGGUCGAUUGAAAUAAUAGGCGACACGUGACAGCGCGAUGCGUUGUUGAACGAUUGAUGUUUCUUUUAUCUUCGUCUUUCUUAUGUUAGAUAUUGGAGCUUUUCUGUCUCUGAUCGUUAACAAGGCGAAUUUAUGAAUGUAAUGUUAUAUCUCCCGUUUUUAUAUAUCUAUGUUUUAAAUUAAUUGUAAUCAAACUUUAGAGGCUCUACCUUAAUUUUUCAGUGUAAAAUCUACAAUAAAUGCUAGCGUACUUAAAAAACCUUUAUCAUUUUAUUUUAAGUUGUGCUAAUUGUUGACAAAAUUCAUAUAAAUUUUGUAUAUAAUUUUCUACUUGUGAUACAUAUUUAUUAGCAAUUCUUGUGAAAAUGUUUAAUAAGCCAUUUAAUUUUAACACGUCUUAAUUUAGACACGUGUCCCUUUUUCUUUAUAACAGAGUACAUGUGGAAUCUAGGUGUGUCACACUUUGCUUUGUGACUAUUCUCUUGAAUUGUUAACGAUAUAAAUAAUUUUGUCUAGUGCAGACUGUUACAUUUCGUUGCAUAUGCGAUGUUAAAAUUCACUAAUGUUAGUUUUUCUAAUUAAAACAUUUUUGAGAAUAA